GAGAGAUGAGAGAUGAGUGUUUACUACUACCCCCCAUGUCGGCGGCAGUCCUAUACGGCCGCUUGAGAGCUGAUAUUGCGAAACUGGCGCUGUCCAGAACGAAAGCCUUGCGGGAUGGUAGAAGAAGGUGGGAUCAGCCGCCCACUGCGAUCUACGGGCCAUUGUUUAUUAUUAUUAGAUGCAAUGCGACGGCUUCAUCCUCAUCGACCCCCUCUCGAGCGACAACGGGAAGCACACUGGGCGUGGCUAGGAUGGAGCGAAGCACGUCGCUGUUACCCAGCCAGGAUGAAAAGACGGGCACGAUGGGACAUUUCCUCGGAAGCAUCGACGCAGUAGCCAACUGGGGUCGCCAAGCGUCCCUCUGGCCAAUCUCACUCGGACUAGCAUGUUGCGGGCUCGAGAUGAUGGCCGUCUCCAUGCCGCGAUACGACCAGGACCGGCUCGGCACCAUCUUCCGCGCCUCGCCUCGCCAGUCGGAUCUGCUGAUCGUCGCGGGCACGGUGACAAACAAGAUGGCCCCCGCGCUGCGGCUGGUCUACGACCAGAUGCCGGACCCGAAGUGGGUGAUUAGCAUGGGCAGCUGCGCCAACGGCGGCGGGUAUUACCACUACAGCUACAGUGUGGUACGUGGCGUGGAUAGGCUGCUGCCCGUGGACGUGUACCUCCCCGGUUGUCCUCCGACGGCUGAGGCGCUUAUGUAUGCUAUAUCGGUGGUGCGCAGGAAGCUCAUUGUGAAGUCGAGGACUACGAGGAUUUGGUAUCGGAAAUAUAGAUCAUAUCUGGGGGGUUAUGCCUCUAACAACCAAUCUCAACUCAUUACACGUUUUGUUUCAAUCUUUCAAACCGACGGUGAGGUAAAAAGAACUAUUGAGCAAUUGAAGCUGUCCCUACUAUCUAUCUCGAAAGUUGCAACCACCCAAACCACCUACCUGGCACUAAGCCUAAAUAGGAUUAGCACAAGGGUGAGAGCAAGACAGGGGUUGUUAAGAGAAAACACGACGUAAAGAUAAGAGUGAAAUAAACCAGUUGGACGCAAAACCGUUGUCAGAUAAUAUGCCAGAGCGAAAGCAUCUCAAUCGACAUCCCGUGUCAUAUCAUACAAUCGUCACCAACCAUUCUCUUUCGGCUUCCAUACCACCCAACAAAGCGUAACGGCCCCUUUAACCGCCGUAGCCAGCCACAACGAGCUCGCCACCCCUGCCUUUUUAGAUAGCAGACCCGAGAUCAUCGCGCCCACAAACAAUGCACCAAACGAACCGAUUCGCCGAUUCCUGGCCGCGUUAGGGUUCGCAAGCAGCCGCGGAUCAAUCAGCAAAUCACAGAGAACCGUCGUUAGCACGACGGUGGGGAUUUCGUCCAUUUUCAGAAGCCGGGACGUGAUGAUUUGCCCGCCGGCCUGGAAUGCUAGGAGAGAGAUGGGGAUCAUUUCCAUCCAGGCUAUGCGGUCUGGGCCUGGGCCUGGGCCUGGGGUCGGGCCGUGCGCCGCUUGUUGAUGUUGCACGAGGCCUGUCUGCACGAGGGCUGAGGCGAGGAGCAUGGCGAGGGUUUGGAUGGUGAAGGAGGUGAUGAGGGUGGAGCGGCGGAGGGGGUUGAGGAGGCGGGACCCGUGGAUGAAGAAGAGGAUUCCGAGGAGGAAGGCCGCGAUGGCGAUGAGGCAUUUGGGCCAGCGGACGGUGGGGGGGGCCUCUUCCCCUGAGACGCUCAGGGCGAGGAAGACGAUGUUGCCUGGAUUUUAGGUUUUAACAAGGGUGGUUUGCCAGAGAGGAGAUAUGCA